CAUGAUGUUGCUGAACAGUUUCCUCCAGAGAGCUUGUGCUUUGCGUCUGUAGCGGACACAUAAACAUAAGAAACAGAAGAAGGAUGCGGCGAAGACCAGCGUUACCAUCCAGUCAGGAAGCGCCAUAGCCUCUGAGCGGAGACUGAGCAACCGGAGUCCCCCUGCUCUCUCAGACACAUCAGUACUAGUGUAAGUUUCAGUGAACAUAUCCUAUUACAAUGAUGACAUCCUCCUGUGGUGUAAGUCUGCAAACCUCCAAGGAGAGAAAGGACAGAAGGGAACAGUGCUCCCAUCUCAGAGCUAAAGCCACUGGGUCAGAUCAUGACAUCUAAAACUGAUAAUCCUCCACCCUACGAGGAUGCACUGCACCACCCUAAGUAUGGAAACUACCCCCACCAGCCACAGCCUGGCGACCCUCUUCCACCACCUCCAUCCUACAGCCCCAGUCCGGGCAUGGGCCCCGGCCCGCCUGGCUACUGGGGCCAAGACGGCGGCUACCCGCAAGCUGGGAUGUGGGCAGCCCCUGGCUUCUCUCCAUCUCAGAUGCCCACCACAAUACCGACUCUGUCUGCUGGAGUGUCAGCGCCCAACCAAGGAGACAUGGAGGAUUAUAUGAGCACCCAGUGGGAAAGCACAUCUGUUCGGCACGCCUUCAUUAGAAAGGUUUAUUUGAUUUUAACAGCACAGCUUGCCGUCACCUUUUCAGUUGUUGCUGUCUUUACAUUUGUUGAGCCAGUGAGGCAGUUUGUCAUCAAAUACCCCGGCAUCUACUGGGCAUCUUUUGUGGUUUAUAUUGUGGUUUACUGCGUUCUCGUCUGCUGCAAAGAGCCGAGGAGGCGUUUCCCAUGGAAUCUGGUGCUGCUGGGAGUAUUUACUCUCGCCUUGUCUUACGUGUCGGGAACGAUUUCUAGCUAUUAUGAAACAAAGGCAGUGCUUCUCGCCAUGGGAAUAACAGCAUUAGUUUGUAUAGCUGUCACAGUCUUCUGCUUCCAGACCAAGGUGGACUUCACCUCCUGCGGGGGAUUCCUCUGCAUCGCCUCCGUCGUGCUCAUGAUCAUUGGGAUCGUCACGAGCAUCGUCCUCUCCUUCCACUAUGUCCCCUGGCUGCAUAUGCUGUACGGCGCUCUUGGAGCCAUCGUUUACACUCUGUUUUUAGUAUACAACACCCAGCUACUUAUUGGAAAUCGGGAGUUGGCCAUCAGCCCAGAGGAGUACAUCUACGGAGCUCUCUCGCUCUACAUCGACAUUGUUCACAUCUUCCUCUUCAUCCUUCAAGUCGGUGGAGCUGCUACUGAAUAAUCCCACGGUUAGAGCACAUCUUGUUGUCUACAAGUUUGGAUUUACAGGAUAAACAUCAUGCUAAAUGUACACAAGUGUGUCAACUAGGAUGUUUCAUUACCAGCUAUCAACAUUGAAGCUCAAAACUACUAAUUUAACCACAUAUAAGCUUAUUUUUGUAACACUUGAGCACUUUGAUUCAUUCUUGCACUGUUUGAAGCAGGACAGUGAGUUACGUCUGUGAAUGAGGAGAGAGACUAAAGCACAUGUAUGGUUGUUAUUUAACAUUUUGUCUUGCCUUUUUGUUUCAGCAAGUGGUAUUUUAGUAGAUGAUGCAUGUGUCAUGUAGCCAUGAGAGAUUAAAUUGAUCCGAUCAUAGAUAUAAAACAGUCUAUGUAUGGAGCCGAUGGACCUUUUCAAACUUGACAACAUAAACACUCUAAAUGGGCCCCUUUGUAUUUCCUGUUGCAAUGUUUGUUAAUGCAGUAGCUGACAAGGGGUCUUGGGGUAUAACACAUGCCUAGUGUAAUUGGAGCAGCGAUCCUGAGUUGUGAUUGGCUCAAUUUCAGCGAUUGAAGACCAGACUUUAUGCGCAUAUGUUGUACCCCAAAGAUAUGACGUGUUGAUGACGCGUGACAUCCCUUUUCACCCUCCUUGGUAGUUGACAGGAAGUAAACUUGGACCAAAGCUGUUGCCCUAGCAACAGAAUGGCAAUGAAAAAGGAUGACAUAUUUUUUUCGGCCAACCAGGAAGCACCGCAUUGCUUCCCUCGACAAAAGCCAAAGAGAUUUUUCCAUUGGGUUUUGGAUUAUUGCUCUGUGGCAAACAAACAUUUAUGAUACUUAUACAUUUUGUUCAGCGAGAUAAUCUUCAAAAAUGAACACCACUUUUAUGAUUUUUGAAGCGUAAAUGCAAUCGGCAGAAGUAAAAAUCUAACGUUAAGCUAUAAAUGAACUGCAUCACGGUUGCAGGACUUCACGUCGCCACCACUGAGCUAAAGGCGGACUAGUGUUCGGCGCGAUGGCGUUUAGUAGACUCAUUUAGCCACUUGUUAGCAACCGUCUUUUUUAAGACACGUAAAAGCUUCAAAAUUCACGAGUGUGAUAUUUACUGACGUAUUUUAUGUUGUAGAACAAAACAUUAA